AUGACUAAUCUUGUUUCCGCAACAGGUGAAAUCUUUAGGAGGAUCUCAACUGUGCUGCACAUACAGUGUGCUCCCAUCCCAGGUGAUGUUCAACUGCUUAACGAAGUUGUUCAGUUCUUCAACUUCACGAAUUGUCGUAAGGGUGAGGUGAAGAAAUUCAGAGAAGUCAACAAGCCCAGGCGUGCAAAACUUCUUCCUAAUCUGUUAGCUUGUGCGACUCAGGUGGGAAAAGGAGUUGUCGUCAUUGCAUCUGAUGGAUAUUGGUCACCUCCACCAACAAUGGGAAGGAAAAGAUUGAAGACAAUUGCCGAACAACAUAUCCAAAUGUCUGACACUAUCGCUGGCUCUUGUCGAAAGCGGCCAGUUGCACCAUUCAUUUGUUACAGCCAGCAACAAUUCAAGGAAAUGCAAGGGCCAGACAACACUCGACGAAAAAUGACUAGAAAGGAGAUUGGGGAAAGGUGGAAGGCACUCCCCUCUGAUGAGAAAAAGAGGUUUGCGGAAAAGGCUAAGGCGAGCGCUGAGGAACACGCCAAAGUAGUACCAUGUGCACCGAAGUCUGAAAAGGGUAAAAGGCAACUCCGCAUAUCAUUGAAGUCAAUUGUUGAGCUAGUUAACCGGUUCAACGAAGCACAAAAGCAGGCAGUCAUUGACAUUGGGUUUGCUGGCCUCCUGGGGAUGAAGUGUACACGUAUAGAUCACGACUUGUGCGCAUGGUUGGUACAGAACUUCGAUCCUGAUAGUAGUUCAUUGAAUGUUCAUGGUUGUCAAGUCAGGCUCACGUGUAAGGCAGUUAAUGUUUUAUUGGGAAUACGGUGUGAAGGCGAUGACGUGCAGUUGGCUGGGUCAUUGGAAGCAUAUCCCAAUAUCUACGAUGAGGUUGGAGUUGUUAACGGAGUCAUUCCUUUGAACAAGUUGAGACUUUAUCUGACCGAGACUGCUGGUGCGGAGGACGAGUUUCGGCGGAAAUUUGCGCUGUACGUGUUGGGGGCCAUGUUGUGUCCUACCACAAUGACCGGGUUGAAGCCAUCGUUCAUUCAUGCCGUGAAGGACGUGAAUCGUAUGCGAGCUUGUAAUUGGGCAAAGUUGACACUGCAAUUCCUUCACAACGGUGUUCGGAAGUAUAAAGGUCAUCGCGGUGCAACUGGAUGUGUUUUCCUGCUAAUGAAAUAAAUUUUGUGUGACUACCGUCAUGAAUUUAAGAACAAAGAGUACAGGGCAAAAAGUAUGCCGAACCUCAAUGGAGG